AUGUGGCUUCUACACGGGGAGAGAAGAGUAAAUGACGAAGCUCCUCAAGUAAUGGUCGAAGAAGAUGGUGGAAGAGUUGAAAUUAAUGAUAAUAUGUGUGAAAUGAUUAAUGAUGUAUUUGCACAUCAUUGCUCUACCAACGACAUGGUGGAUGAUGACGAUAUGGGUGCAGAGUCAAGCCAUACUAGAAGUCAUGAUGGGACAAUUUUUUUUGAAUUAAUGCAAGAUGGACAACAAAGCUUAUAUGAAGGAUGUGAUAAAUAUUCAAAACUUUCUUUCUUGGUGAAGUUGUAUCACAUCAAAUGUCUAUGCAGAAUAAGUGACAAAGCUAUGUCCAUGAUACUGGAAUUGCUAGCAGAUGCAUUUGAACAUUCUAAAAUUCCAAAUUCAUUCUAUGAAGCCAAAAAAGUGAUUAGCAAGCUUGGUCUUCAUUACACCAAAAUUGAUGCUUGCCCGAAUGAUUGUAUGUUGUAUGUUGGAGAAGACAAAGAUAAAGAUUCUUGUAAGAAAUGUAAGACAUCAAGAUGGAAGCCAAAAAAGAGAAAUACAAUUGGUGACGAUGUUGUUGUUAAUAAGCGAAAGAAGAUUCCUGCAAAGGUGUUAAGGUAUUUUCCUUUGAAGCCUCGAUUACAGAGGAUGUUUUUGUCAUCUAAAAUAGCUGAGCAUAUGAGAUGGCAUGCAUCAGAAAGUACGGAUGAAGGCAUGUUAAGACAUCCAAGAGAUUCUGAAGCAUGGAAGAAAUUUGACUUGAUGCACCCUCAAUUUGCCUUAGACCCUCGAAACGUGAGACUCGGUUUAGCUACUGAUGGGUUCAAUCCAUAUGGGAACUUGAGCACCAAUCACAGUAUUUGGCCAGUUGUUCUCAUACCAUACAACCUUCCUCCUUGGAUGUGUAUGAAACAAAGUUCAUUCAUUUUGUCCAUGAUCAUUCCUGGAAAGCGAGCACCGGGCAAUGAUAUUGAUGUUUACUUACAACCAUUAAUAGAAGAGUUGAAGGAGUUGUGGAACACUGGAAUUAAAACUUUUGAUUCAUAUGGAAAUGAAGUAUUUGAUAUGCGUGCAGCCAUAUUGUGGACUAUUAGUGACUUUCCAGGACUUGGAACCUUAUCUGGAUGGAACACACAUACAGGAUUGGCAUGUCCGAGAUGUAAUUUUGACACUACUCCUAAGAAGCUUGUCAAAGGUGGGAAAUUUUGUUUUAUAAGUCAUCGUCGGUGGUUAGAUGGAAGACAUAAGUUCAGAUUGGCUCAUAGCAGGUUUGAUGGAACUAUUGAAAAUAGAAGCCAACCAAUGGCAAUCUCAGGACAUGAUAUCCUACAACAACUUGGGAAUGUUCACGUUGAAUUUGGGAAAGAACCUAUAGUUGAAGAAAGGUCAAAAAGACAACGCAGAGUUGAUCAUCCUAAGGUAGAUACUCUACAAUGGCGAAAGAAGAGUAUAUUUUUUGACCUUCCUUAUUGGGUAGAUAACUUAUUGCACCACAAUCUGGAUGUUAUGCACAUUGAAAAAAAUGUUUGUGACAAUAUAUUGUUUACAUUGUUGAAUGAUAGUACAAAUAAUAAAUGCAAAGACAAUCUAAAGGCAAGAAAGGACUUACAACUUUGGGGUAUUAGACCAGAUCUGUGGCCUGAUGAGAAUGGUAGAUAUCUUCCUGGUAUAUAUACGUUGUCAAAUGUAAAUAAGGAUAUAUUUCUAAAAACUUUGAAGAAUAUAACUGUACCUGAUGGUUACUCAAGUAACAUCAGUAGAUGUGUUGAUGUCAAACAACGUAAGAUUGGAGGACUAAAAAGUCAUGACUCACAUGUGUUGAUGGAGCAAAUUCUUCCUUUGGCAAUAAGAAAGACACUCCCUAAAGAAGUGUCCUCUAUUUUGAUUGAUCUAUGCUCUUUUUUUAAACAAUUAUGUAAUAAAGUUUUGAAGAUAGAUCAACUUGUCCAAUUACAAGAUAGAGUUGUCCUCACAUUAUGUCACAUGGAGAUGUUAUUCCCUCCUUCUUUUUUCACAGUGAUGGUUCAUUUGAUUGUGCAUUUAGUAGAAGAUGCCAAGCGUGGAGGACCUGUCCAAUAUCGAUGGAUGUAUCCUAUUGAGAGGUACUUGGGAAAAUUGAAAUCUUAUGUGCGUAAUAAGGCACAAGCUGAAGGCUCAAUAGCUGAAGGGUACUUGGCUGAAGAGUGCUUAACUUUUUGUUCUAGAUACUUAGAUGGAAUUGAGACUGUGUUCAAUAGAUUGCGUCGUGUUGAUGAUGAACCGAGUAUUGGCUCUUGUACUGUAAGCACUUUAUUCCCAUCGAUCGGAAAAGCAGUUGGAGGUUUCACUUAUUUCACUUUAUCUGAAAAGGAAAAGUUACAGGCACAUCGUCAUAUCUUAACAAACAGUGCCAUAGUUGAUCCAUUUCUUCAGGAAUUUAGAGACACUAUACGGAGACAAUUGAGAAAUCGAAGUCGACAAUCAUCUUUGAUAGACAAGAGAGUUCAUAGGGAAUUUGUAGAUUGGUUUUCACGUCGUAUAAGGAAUGACUCAACUAGCCUUCACUCAACUGAUUUCAAAUUCUUAGCCAUGGGUCCAAUUGAUAUUGCAAAACGAUAUAGUGCCUACAAUGUUAACGGAUUCAAGUUUAGGAUCUUGGAGCGUGAUUUAUGGCUUAAAACACAAAAUAGUGGAGUGUUUGGUACAUUUGGGACAAGGAGUUAUGCAAGUACUAAUGAUAAUCAAAUGCAAUUUGGAGGUGUGCCUUAUUAUGGUCGAUUAGUGGACAUAAUUGAAAUAAACUACCAUGGUCGUUUCUCAGUUGUUUUGUUCAAAUGUAUGUGGGCUAAUACAACUACUUCUAGGGGGAUUGUGACUGAUGAGUUGGGAUUUACAAGUGUAUGUUUUGGACGCUUGAUUCAUACUGGUGAUAAUGAUGAUGAUGAACCAUACAUUCAGGCAUCAGAAGCACAAAUGGUAUAUUAUGUAGAUGAUGAGUUUGAUAAAAAUUGGUGCAUCCCUGUACAUAUAAAGCCUAGAGACUUGUACAACAUGGGUGAAGAUGAUGUUGACAAAUUUCAUGAAUGUGAACCGUUUCAACAACAAAACUUAGAAACAUUAUUUCCCGAUGAUGAAAGAAAUAUACCAUUAACAAGGUUUUAA